CAAUUCAUUUCAUGAAUCAUAAAUGAGAAAUUUAUAAAACCCCUGAAAAUUAUUCACGUCAUUAUUCUUUUCCUACACUAAGCCGCUCUGUUUCAUUUUCCCCUUCUCUCUUCUUUCUUUCUUCUCUCCCACUCUCCAAUUUCACUCAAACACGCUAAUUUAUUUCAACUUGGUUGAUUCAUUUCAAGCUUUCAGAUCUAAAUUCCUACCUCCAUUAAUCAAAAUCAAUAAUCUUCUUGCAUCGAAAUCAACAAGAAAUCCGGCAAAUUCUUUUGGCCGGAAUUGAGAAAUUUCAAUGGGAACAAUGGAGCCACCACUACCAAACAUGGUGGGAUUUCAGUCACAACCAGCUGUGAAUUAUUCAGAUUCGGUGGAUUCUUCGCCAAAAUCGACAACCCAACAGGGAGAUUGGGAUGAGCCCCUCCCACCAGUCCCCGGUGCGAAACUCCGAUUAAUGUGUAGUUACGGAGGUCACAUUAUUCCACGACCACAUGAUAAGAACCUCUGCUACGUUGGCGGAGAGACUCGAAUCGUUGUCGCCGAGAGAAACACUUCUCUUGCCGACCUCACAGCUCGUUUGUCACAUUCUUUAUUGGAUAACAGGAAAUUCACCUUUAAGUACCAGCUACCGAACGAGGAGCUAGACUCGUUGAUCUCGGUUAGUACUGACGAGGAUCUGGAUAACAUGAUUGAGGAAUAUGAUCGUAUUGCUGCGAAUAACUCGUUUUCGAAGUCUACUUCGGGGAGGCUGCGCCUUUUCCUGUUUAUGGCUAAGCCGGAGACGGCUCAAACCAUGGGUGCUUUGAUGGAUGAUGCUCAAUCUGAAUCUUGGUUCGUUGAUGCUCUUAAUGGGGCGGAUUUGUUGUCUAGAGGGUUGUCGGAUUCGGCUGCUGCCGUCGGUGAUCUGCUUAGGCUUGAUAGUGACCCUGCAUUGCAACAAAUUCCACCUAAUUGCUCUCAUCCUGCUGCUCAACCAAAAGUCCCACCCCAAGAUGUACAUUCAGUAGAAUCCAUACAUACUAUAAUGUCAGACUCACCAAUGGUUGAAAACACAUCAUCUUUUGACUCGACUACCUCAUCUCCAUCUAUGGCUCACCUGCCUCCAAUUCGUGUCCGAGUAGAUGAGGUUGGUGAUGGAAAUACUAGGAUGCAGGAAGAGAUGAAGGGCAGAGGAGGAUUGGAAGAGCACUUCUCAUCACAGCUCAGGGUUACUCCACCUCCAGCUGCUACUUCAGCACCAAGUAGUGCUGCAGUUGCUAAUGCUGCAGUGAUGAAUAAUAACUAUGGCGGUAUCAAUAGCGGUAUGAAUGAUGAUGAUCAGUUGUCGGAUCAGGGGAUGCACGGGGCAUCAAGGAAGCCACCUCUGCCAAUACCAAUGCCGCAGAGAGUGAGUGGGGGUUUUAAUUCGCCAUCGCCUAAUGACUCAAAGAAUGCUGCUGGAUUUAACUUGCCAUCCCCUGAUUCUGUUCACAGUGCCAGCAGCAUAUCUUCAGGAAUUUCUCUCACUAAAACGGCGGUCCACCAUGACCAAGCUCAAGUAACCAGCUCGAAUGAGAACAAACCUCCAAUCACCCAAACCACCACUGAUCAAAGAUUAGACAACCGUUCUCCCUCACCACAAAACCUCCAAAUGCAGCCAACUCAAGACCCUACCAAAUAUAUGUAUCCUCCACAGCAACAUGAACAGCACCAACAUCAAUUCAUUCAAGAAAACAUGCAUUAUAUCCCGGCUCACUCACAAAUGACCCAAUCAUAUCGGCCAGUAUAUGCGACACAACAACAAAUCCACCCUCAAGUUGAUCAUCAGCAGUAUCCAAUGUAUUAUAUACCUGUAAACCAAAAUCAACCUUAUAAUGUUGCUCAACCCCAGACAAUGACACCCAUGGUCCAACCUUCAUCAGUAACCCAUGCUCAACCGCCUGUGUACGCUACCAGAGGAACUGCUGCACAAACAAAUAACCAAUAUCAGCAAUAUCUUGCGUACAAUAAUGCAGUUGUUCAGCCAAGGACUGGCACUCCGGAUAAUUAUGGUCAUUUUGAUUAUAGUCAAUUUGAUUAUGGUCAUAACCAGGUAUAUUAUACAGGACAACUUCCACCAGCUGCAGCCCCCAUGGCUACCUCCCAAUAUCAAAGCAUAACACCUGCUCAAGCAGCUAUGAUUGCCGAAGCUUCUAUGCAGUUGCCUAAAAAUGAGGUCUCCAAGCAACCACCAUCAUCAUAGUCUAUAAUGUGUCUUGAAAUUCUGCUAUUUGUAGGAUAUUAUGUGACAUACUCUAUCAUCACUUUGUGGCCUAAUGUGUUCUGCAUUCUAUAAACAAAUAAGUUUUCAAUUAUCUUAGUUUUACCUUCUCCUGUAAUAUGUACUUAUAUGGAAAAUAAUUAUUUUCUGAAUGAUCUUUGAAGCUAAAGCUACUCAUGCA